UUAAGCUUGGGUCUGAAGAGAGUACCACGACGAGCACUAGAUAGGAGGAACCAGCGCACCAUAACGGGAAUGGGAGGGCAGAUUCCGAGUCAAAAUCGAUAGAAGCGGAAGAAGAAGAAGAACAACCUCCGCCCCCACAAUAACAAAAUCUUAAUAUAUAGCAGCAUUAAUAUAUAUUGCAGUACAGACAAACAUCGCUUGCUGGUCUUCGUUUGUUUGAUGGUGUUAUUUGUUUCAAACGUGUACUUUUGUCUCCCUCCUGCUGCUGCUGCUGCUGCUACUACUUUGUAGCAGCAAGUCCAGCCACGCUUCUCUUCCAGUCUCCACCCAGUCUUCACUGCUAAAAGCUCCAAAAAUUAGGGCUUUUUCGCCCUCGCCCUCCGCACCGCCAACCUCUCAUUCUUUGCCUUGCUCUCUGGAUUUGUUUCCGCGUUCUGCAUUUCAGGUGAUUAGAAGGAUUUAAAAGAUUUGAUUCCCAUGCUUGUGCCUCAACGUUCUGUGGCAAAAUGGAUUUCCUCAAAAUGAAGAAGUUUAUUAGAUCCCAAAAACCGAGCCUGGAAAUCAAUGCCAGGGAUAAGACUCUCCCUCAGCCAGAGGAGCCCAAGGAUAAAAAUGUUGACGAUUUAGACAAGGCAGUUGAUGUUGAUACCAGCAGUACAGAGGCUGAGGAUGAUGACGAUGAUUUCAUCACUAAUGAGGUCAAGCGGAGGUUGAAAGAACUUAGAAGAAAGAGUUUUAUGGCGUUAAUACCUGAAGAGGCAUCGCCAGAGGAUGGGGAAGAUGUGGAUGAAGAAGAAGGAGAUACCAGCUCUAGUGAGUGGAGGGAUGUACAAGCUGAAGGACAACAGUUCUGGUCAAUUUUUGAUGCCUUGUAUGAUACCUACUCUGAGCGAAUGCUGUUCUUCGAUAGAUUAAUUGCUCAGCAGUUGCAUGAAGUUGAUUCUCAUGUUCCUUCGAGCCCUUCACCCAGAUCCUCAUUGAAAAGGCUAAGGUCUCCCUUUAAAUGCUUAUCUUUGAAAACGGUUAAAGAACCUGAAGGUGAAAUGGAGUACCUGCAGCCGCAAGCAAGUGAUCCCUACGAGGACCUUGAAACAGCAUAUGUAGGUCAGACGUGCUUGACAUGGGAAGCUCUUCACUGCCAGUACACUCAAUUGAGCCAAAAAAUUUCUUGCGGACUUGAAACUUCCACCUCUUACAAUCAGAGUGCUCAGCAAUUUCAACAGUUUGAGGUUCUACUGCAAAGGUUUAUUGAAAAUGAGCCAUUUGAGCAGGGUUCAAGGCCAGAAAUUUAUGCUCGAAUGAGAAAUUCUUUGCCUAAACUGCUUCAGGUUCCAAAAGUCCAAGGCUCAGAUCAGAAAAGCAUGGACGAAGAGUCAGAUUUGCAUGUGCUUGCCCCAAAUCUGAUUACUAUAAUUGAGAGUUCGAUCCUGACUUUCCAUCAAUUUCUGAAAACGGACAAGAAAAAAUCAGGUGGUGUGCGGAGUGUUUUUGGAAGUCAGGACCAGAUGGUUACUCCUCUUCAACAGAUUCAAUCUUCUCUUGAGAAGAAAGCAUUGAAACUGAAGGAACAGCGGAAGAGGACAAAGAGCUGGAAAAAGAAAGCAUGGCCCAGCAUAGCAGAGGAUGUGGAUCUAUUGCUUGGCACCAUUGAUGUCAAAGUGUUGUCUAGGGUUGUAAGAAUGGUGAAGAUGAGCAAGGGGCAGUUGUUUUGGUGUGAAGAAAAGAUGAAAAGGAUUGACUGCUGCGGCGGGAAGCUGGAAAGAGACCCCUCCCCCAUUCUGUUUCCUUGCUAGUUGGUUAAGAAUCUAGAAUGCUUUGUGCACUAGUUGCUCCUGGACGACCAACUCCUUUCGUUUCUUGUUCUUUUUGUUGAAGGAUUUCUUAGGAUGAGAAAACAACUGGAUGUAUAUUAGUAAGUAAAUUGAAGGUUUAAGUUAUAAUAAUUAGGCUAAAAGAUGAUUGCUAUUUCGCGAUCAGCAAUUAUACA